AACCUAACUUAACGUGUGUUGUACGAUUUUUUGCCGCGUUUUGUGGUUAUUGUGGGGCACGUGUGUUCGUAGUUUUAUUAUUUGAUCAGAACGGAAAUGGCUAGUGAUUUAGAACAGAAAAUUAUCAAACAAAUAGAGUAUUAUUUUGGAGACAUUAAUUUACCGCGAGAUAAGUUUUUACAAAGUAAAAUUAAAGAGGAUGAUGGAUGGGUUACAUUGGAAGUAUUGUUGAGCUUCAAUAGGCUUGCAAGUCUUUCUAAAGACCCAAAAGUAAUCACGGAAGCGUUGGAAAAAUCUGACCAAAAACUUAUUGAAGUCAGCGAAGAUAAGACAAAAUUGAGACGCAAUCCUGAUAAACCUGUGCCUGAUAACAAUGAUGAACAUCGCAAGAAGUUGCAAGAAAAGUCAGCAUACGCUAAAGGGUUUCCUACAGAUGAGACAUUGAAUGAUAUUCUUAAUUUUCUAGAACCCUUCGGACCAAUAGAAUCUGUAAUUCGCAGAACUACAAAAGAUCAUAAAUUUAAAGGAUCUUGUUUUAUAGUCUUCAAAGAUUUAGAGAAUGCAAAGAAAUUUGUAGAACUUGAAAGUGUAAAAUACAAAGACACAGAACUGUUAAGGAAGAUGCAGAAUGAUUAUCAUGCAGAUAAAAAGAAAGAAAUUGAAGAGAGGAAAAAACAAAAAAAGGAGAAAAAGGAAGCACUGAUUGGAGAAAAUGCUGAAAAAAUUGAAUUUCCCGUGGGGGCAAUUAUCCAUUUUAAGGGGAUUUCAGAAGGUCAAAGCUUUACUAGGGAGGAAAUCAAAGAAAAACUGGGCGGUGCUAGCGAUUUGGAAGUUGUUUAUGUUGACUUUAACAAAGGUGAUACUGAAGGUUAUGCGAGAUUUGCCAAAGAAAACAAUGCAAUUGAAUUUUUAAAAGCUUUAAAUGAAGGAGAGUUGGAAUUAGGCGAGUCUAAAAUAAAAAUAAGAGCUCUAGAAGGUGAUGAAGAGAAGGAAUAUUUGAAAAAGACAUCUGAAGUAAUGGCAAGAAUGAGGCUGAAGCAGAAACAUACGGGUCGAAAGCGAAAAGGCAAUUUUGGGGGUGGCCAGAAAUCAAAAGCACAGAAGAAAGAAUAAAUUUAAUAGGCUUUGAUGUUAUUUGUUAAUUAAGCUGACUUUGCCUUGAUGCUUAUCCAAUUGUAUUUUCAUUGUUAAUACAAAUCAUUUUGAACUA